AUGAGUCUCGAAGGAGUGAAGCAGAGCGAGAACAACAACUGGGAGCAAGAAAAUCGAUCGGACACAUCCCAUAAUAAGAGCCCGCUCCUUUCGGAUCCAUGGAAACCAUGCAGACGGCACCGUGCUGCUGUCAAAGAGCUGCUGUUGAAGCUGAGGUGUUGUCUGGGAACAGUGUGUGGGAUUGAAUGGUAUGGCUAUGCUGCUCUGGGUAUUUUGACUGCCAUCCUCAGUUUCCUCAUGGACCUCAGUGUAGCGAAGCUGCUGCGAGCUCACCAGUGGCUUUAUACGAUGCUGGAAGGAAACGUUUUGCUGCAGUUUUUCUGCUGGACUCUUUACCCAGCAUGCAUUUGUGCCAUUGCAUCAUCAUUCUCCCACAACAUCUGUCCUUUUUCCACAGGCUCAGGGAUACCAGAGGUGAGAACCAUGUUGGCGGGAUUUGAAAUGCCUCAUUAUUUGUCUCUCACUAAUUUGUUUUCCAAGUUCUUGGGCCUUAUCUGUACACUGGCUGCUGGCAGCACUGUUUUCCUGGGCAAAGUGGGUCCAUUUGUGCAUCUUUCCACCAUGGUGGGAGGUUACCUGAGCAAUCUCUGCACUCUCAUACAACGUGAUAAGAAGGAAAAAGCAGCUGGAGAAAUGUUGGUUGUAUCUGCCGGGGUCGGGGUAGCCAGCUGCUUCGGAGCUCCCAUUGGCGGUGUGUUGUUCUCUGUGGAGGUGAUGAGCUCUCACUUCGCCCUGAGGCAUUACUGCCCAUGCUUCUUCUCAGCAGCCUGUGGGGCGUUGACCUUCCGACUUUUAGCAGUGUGGGGUGGAGAUGGAGAGACUCUCCAGGCCUUGUUCAGAACCAAUUUCCCCGAUGCUUUACCUUUCUACCCGCUGGAAAUUCUACUGUUUGCUUUCCUGGGGCUGCUGUGUGGGGCUGUGAGCUGCUGCUACCUCUUCUGCCACCGGUGGAUCCUGCGUUUCACUAAAACGAACCCAGUUUUCGCCAAGAUGCUGACGACAGAGAAGGGUCUGUACUCAGGCAUGGUUGUCUUCUUCCUGGCAUCACUGACGUUUCCCCAUUUUGCUGGUCAAUACAUGGCUUCUAAGUACACCAUGAAGGAGCUCCUCACUUCUUUCCUGGAUAGCAGGCAGUGGACCUCCCAAUCCCACAACACCUCUGAGCAGCUGGAGCCUUUGUUGGAGUGGAGCUCAUCAGGGACUUCUGUCUACUUCUCUUUGGUUUUCUUUCUGCUCAUGAAGAUGUGGAUGUUGGUCCUCGCCUGCACCCUGCCUCUGCCAGCUGGAUACUUCAUGCCAGUGUUCAUCUAUGGGGCAGCUAUUGGCCGUUUGAUUGGGGAAGGAGCCGCUUAUUUGUCUUCCACUGGAGUGACUCCAGGCCAGCAGUGGGCUUCUGUAAACCCAGGAGGCUACGCACUUGCUGGUGCAGCGGCCUUCUCUGGCGCCGUCACACACACUUUGUCCCCAGUUCUCGUGGCUAUAGAGUUGACUGGUCAGUUCACCCAUGCUGUACCCAUCCUCCUGGCGACUCUAAUGGCCAAUGCCCUGUCACGCUCUGGCCACCGCCCAUCUUUCUAUGAUGCCUUGUCCAUCAGCAAGAGGCUCCCACACCUUCCCUCUCUGAAGAAGGCAAGUCCUCAGCUUCCAUCCACACCAGUCGGACAGGUUGCGGUGAAAUCGGUGCUGCUUCAGAAAGCAGCUGGGCCAGUGGAGGCUGAGCAAGCUGUCAGAACCAGCACUGAAAUGCAAAUCCCUGUGGUAGACUCCUACGAGUCGCAGAUUUUGCUGGGGUUUGUCCUGCGAUCAGAGCUGCUGACGUUCCUGCGUCGCUGGAAGACUGAGAGUCCGGAGAAACAUCUGGAUGAAGGAUGCUGCAUUCACCAAACCUCCAUCGUGAUAUCACCUCACAACACUGUUCAGGAGGCCCACAGUAUGCUGAGUUUACUCGGAUCCCAAACCUUGUUUGUUGCAGACGAAGGAAAGCUGGUCGGGCUCAUCACGUGGCCAGAGAUGAAGAGGAUAUUAGAGGACUUGGCCAAAGAAAUCUGAGCGACAUCACAGCGACAUCAUCACGACAGCACAUCCUAUCAAAAUGUAUUUUAAAUAAACAUGUACCUGUCUCUGCCUGAUUAGCUCGUAAAGCCCAACGUGUUUAAUAAUGAUAUAAUUUCUCUAACAAUAUUUGCACACCAAACUAUACUGUUAUCAGCUGGAAGCUCCUGUGAAAAACAUUUAUCAGAGCCUAUUAUCUUUCAUUUUUAUUUUUGUAAUUAGAAGGAUCUCGUCCAUUACGCAGAUAGCACACAGUCUCAUUUACUGCUUUGCACUUUGUCUCACAGCAAAAUUGUAAGCACAAAGAAUAUUAACCAGUGCUAAUAAUAAGAAAAACAGUUUAAAAAUGUAUACCAGUAAUAACAGUCAGUCCCUGCUGUUUUCUAGCUAAACCUCUCGGCCAGCAUCUGUUCAGUAUACAUUAGGUCCUGUGGGCGCAGCUGAAAGUUAUGUGACCAUGAUGGACUGUUGUCACAGUCUAUCUUAAAUAGCAACCCAGGGGCAGCCAUGUUUUUUGUUUUUUUGCAAGAUGAGGCUUCCUUGAAAAGACACCCAAAUGUUUUUGCUUUUAUUUUUUGCUCAUGGCAUUUUUUUAAGGGAUCAGUGUAGUGUAUCUUUGGUAGAGAAGUGGGCGGAUCAAUCCAAAUAUCAACAAUACCAAUACUGCUAUUGGUAAUAAUAUCAGGUUGAUACCAGCAUGAUAAGUUACUUUGUUUCUAUCCUCCAAGUUCAGUGUGCAGCCCAAUGAAUUGUGUUAAACAAAACAUGCACUAUGAAAAAUGCCUGAACCUUU